AUGAAACGAACCGUCUCUCCGUCGUCUUCGUCUUCGUCUCCAUCCCAUAUUCCAUACCUAGUCUCGGACGGUGGAGAUGGAAACGAGGAAUGGUUGAAACUUCUUGCUCCAUCUCCAAGACAGUCGAGCCCGUCGUGGAGGCUCCAUGCCCACCAUGCCCACCAGCUCUCCAUCUCGAUUCCGUUCCUGUCUCCCCCUUCCACGCGGGGUGCAGGAAGGGAGGAUUCGCUGCCCAGGGAAAAAUUGUCUUGUCUUCACGCCUUGAAUGUUGAAGCCGAAGUUCCAGGCAGCUUGUCCGUCUCUCGGUCCGUCCUCGCUCAGCUGCCUCGCUCGCUGCCAGCAUGUUAUGCGUACCCAUAUGUGAGCGAGAAGGGAGGCCGAAGAAUGCGGUCCGCAAGGGAUGCCGAGUCACUUGCAAAAAUAGCCCUGGUUGCUAAGUAUAUGCUGGCCGUAGCAGGUUCUCUGCAGGCCAAGCUCUGGGCGCAUCAGGCACGAUGGACAUGGUGUUUCUUUUUGCUUAUCGUUUUUUGCAGCCGUCCAGAUACGAGGUGGACGUGGGUGUUGCUGGUUGAGGUUCGCCUGUUGGUUGCCCUGUGGACUUUGGUCGAUGCACCAGCAACGAGCAGCAGAGAAGAAGCAGAUAAUAUUAUAAAAUUAGACGAAAAGGCAGCAGGAGAACGAGACAGAAGGGUUACAUCUGCAACGUCGUUCUGUCGCCUGUUCUAUUAA